CCCUCCGGCCUUUGGGCGAUCCUUCCCGCGGCCGGGUUGGAACGAUACGGAAGACACCGUGUUGUACUCUAGAUCUAUAUUAACGUCUAACAUGGGCUAAGUUUGCUGGGAGUUUUGUCACACUAUAGCACAAGCAAGAUAAGCAAAGAUAUCAAAAGCAAGAUAAGCAAAGGCAUCACACAAUAUGAACCAUGAUUAAUUUACAGAGGCUUGUAUUCUACGGACACUUGUAUGGAUUUGAAUACCAGCGCACAGGAGUCCAAAAAUAGCCCCACAUCCCCUAUUAGAUACAUGUGAAAUUGUUGUAUUGAGCAAACUAUUUCAAAAAAGGGCAAAGCUCAAUGACUGUCACACCUAAUAUAUCGUCUGACAUUCCUAAGCGACAAACCCUUAAAGCUAUGGUUCCUUUGACGUCAUUUUAACCAUUCGAGACGCCCCAGCGGCUUCGCAAGACAUGAGGCGAAUAGAGUUAAAAAUUAGCCAUGAAACCUCCCAUCUAAAUCACUUUGAAGUUCUGACUGUUGUAGAUGUUUACAUGGCAGUGGUGUUAACCAUGUUAAGUGGUGUAUUCUUAAACAGUCAUGUGAGUCUUAAGAAAAUGUGCGUGUGGUUGUUGUAGCAACGGUAGUGCGAACAUAAAAACCGGGAUGAUUCGAUCGUGCCUGUACUCUGUUUCACCAGUUUAACCGACUUGUGGCACCAAUACGGACACUUCGAAGAUUCGUCUGACUAGGAUUUUCGUUUUCUUAUUCACCAUAAAGUCUCUACAAGGAGAGGUUUGAGAGGUUUGGAGGAAUGUAGUGUUAGCUAGGACAUGCGUGUUUUAGGUUCCAUUCUCAUCGACACUUUGAGGUAACGUAUUGCGAGGUACACUUUGGACGAUGGCAGUGCUUCGAAAGAUUGCGGCUGUCUUUUUCUUGCUCGUGCGUCUUAAAACGGAGGUUACUGCACAGACAGUGACAACGCAGGCUGCCGUGCAAGAUUGUCCGAGGGGCCUUUAUCAAUGUGACAGUGGCCUGUGUAUAUCUACUAACUGGCGAUGCAAUGGACGUGAUAACUGUGGUGAUGGGAGUGACGAGAGAGAUUGCACGACUACAACAGCAGGAAGUCACACCUUGUCUGUUACCACAACACUAGAGAACAACCCAACAACACAAGACACCAGCACCAGUGCUACAUCAUCCACACACCAUCUCACAACGACAGACUCAACAACUGUUCAACCUUUAGCCACUACAGCAGAAAGUCAGACCUCAUCUGUUACUAUAACAUUGGCGAACAACCCAACUACACAAGCCACCAGCACCGAUGCUAUUUCAUCCACGCCCCAUCUUACAACGAUAGUACCAACAACUGUUCAACCUUUAGCUACAACAGCACAAGCAGAUACUACGGUUUCAAGUACUCCACAUCCGGAUGCAACUAGGACAACGUCACCAGGUGGUAAAGCUGUGACGGAUGGUGUUGGUUGUGUAGUUGGUGAAUGUUUGUGGAAUGAAAGUUGCUGUGAAAGAAGUGUGAUAUGAGACGCCUACGUUUCUUCUUGUUUCUUCUGCUCUUGAAGACACACUCGAUCGUAUGUACGCACAUACACACAAACAUGCGCACACAGAAACACACAAACACAUACACACACAGUAACACACACACAUACACAGUCAAACACAGUGACAAACGUCCACCAACCCACAUAUCACAUACACACAUGCACACACACACACACACACACACACACACACACACACACACACACACACACA